AUGGCAUCAGGGUGGCUCUGCUGGGUCCUCCUGCUACUCCUGCCUGCCUCGGCCUGUGCCGGGGGGCCUGGCCCCGUCCUCGUCAACCGCCCCUUCAUCACCAUCUGGAACAUCCCCACCGAGCGCUGCGCCAAGAAGUACAAUGUCACCCUCAACCUGGAGGUCUUUGACGUGUUGGCCAACGACCAGCAGUCCUUCGUCGGGCAGGACAUCACCCUCUUCUACAGCAAGGAGCUGGGGCUGUUCCCCUACUACACAUCCGAGGGGGUGCCAGUGAACGGGGGGCUCCCCCAAAAUGCCAGCCUGCAGGCCCACCUCCACCAGGCCGCCCAGGACAUUAAGGUCACCCUGCCCAGCCCUCGCUGUGUCCUUGACAGUGGCAUCCCUGUCCUGCCCUAUUCCCAGAUCGCCUUCGACUGCACCGUUGACUUCCUCUCCCAGGGGCCCCUGGGCCACUACAUCGUCAACGUGACGGCCAGCGCCGACCUGUGCAGCCAGAGCCUGUGCUCCGGCCGGGGCCGCUGUGUGCGCCAGGAGAACAAGCACGGCUUCCUCCACCUUGACCCCUUCCGCUUCACCAUUGACCUGCAAGUCGGCAAGCCCUGGCUGGUGGCCCAGAGCCUGGAGGCCCUCGAAGCUGCAUCUCG